ACAGAAGUUACAUGGCUCAUAUCUGACAUCAUGCACCACCGGUGGCUGCUGUUAGCUGCAUGCUUUUGGGUAAUAUUCAUGUUCAUGGUUGCUAGCAAGUUCAUCACACUGACCUUCAAAGAUCCUGAUGUUCAUGGUGCCAAGCAAGAGCCAGUAAUACCAACAACUAUAACUGAAGUAGGAAAAGGUCAUGUAACAAAAGAGAAGAGGCUGCCUGGACAAUUUCAGACAAUAGGAAAAAGUCUAUCUGAAGACCUCGUACAUGAAGGCCUGGUCCAUAUGGAGAGGCUUGAACUACUCAGGAAUGUCUGCCAAGAUGCAUCUCUGAAAAACCUCACCCAUACUACUGUUUCCAAGUUUGUUUUGGACCGAAUUUUUGUAUGUGACAAGCACAAGAUCCUCUUCUGUCAAACUCCAAAAGUUGGCAAUACUCAGUGGAAAAAAGUCUUGAUUGUUUUAAAUGGAGCUUUUCCUUCCAUCAAUGAGAUCCCUGAAAACAUUGUGCAUGACCAUGAGAAGAACGGUCUUCCACGCUUAUCUUCCUUCAGUGAUUCUGAAAUUAAAAAAAGAUUGAAAUUGUAUUUCAAGUUCUUCAUCGUAAGAGAUCCUUUUGAGAGGCUUAUUUCUGCAUUUAAGGAUAAAUUUGUCCACAAUCCUAGAUUUGAACCUUGGUAUAGACAUGAAAUUGCUCCUGGAAUUAUUCGAAAAUAUAGAAAGAAUCGCACUGAGACUAAAGGACUACAGUUUGAGGACUUCGUGCGCUACUUAGGUGAUCCAAAUCAUCGAUGGUUAGAUAUACAAUUUGGAGAUCAUAUAAUUCAUUGGGUAACCUAUGUUGAACUAUGUGCCCCCUGUGAAAUAACAUAUAGUGUAAUUGGACAUCAUGAAACUUUGGAGGAAGAUGCAGCAUACAUCUUAAAGGAAGCAGGAAUUGACCAUCUGGUAUCUUAUCCUACAAUUCCUCCAGGCAUAACGAUAUAUAACAAAACAAAAGUGGAACACUAUUUUUCAGGCAUAAGCAAGAGAGACAUAAGGCGCCUUUAUGCCCGCUUUGAAGGAGAUUUUAAUCUUUUUGGCUAUCAAGAACCAGAUUUUCUACUAAACUAGUAUCUAGAAAUUCUGGGCAAAUGAAUCUAAAUCUUAAUUGUAAACAUAUAGUGUGUAACUGAGGUUCUUAUUGCAAACAUAUACUGUGUAACUGGGCUCUUAUUGCAAUAUUUCUAGAUUUUUCCAAAUGUUCCUUGCAUUUAUUGAAUAUUUGCAAUAGGAGCCACAAAGAACUGCCAAUUAGUCAUUAAAAAAAUAUUACUACAUGACACUGCUACAGCAGUGCAAAAAGU